UCAUCCUCUUUCACACUUCCGCUCCCUUCCUCCCGCAGCCCGAAGCCACCUGCGCAUCAUCAAGCAAUAUGGCAUUCUUUACGUAUAUGACUUUGCCGAUUCUAUUGGCUCUAGUUCCCAUUACAGCUUUUUCUUCCUUAGUAAUCUACCGCCUAUUCUUUCAUCCCCUCUCCAAGGUUCCCGGGCCGAAGCUUGCCGCCAUCUCCCGAUUUUACGACUUUUACUAUGACUGUAUCCAGGGCGGCAAAUUCUCAUUCCAUAUUGAAGGAUUGCAUGAAAUAUAUGGACCUAUCGUUCGCAUAGGACCCAAUGAAGUACAUAUACAAGAUCCAGACUUCUUUGAUGAAUUCUACAAUGUCACCAGUCGUCUUGAUAAAUAUCCCUGGUACUAUGCCUUCAUUGCGUCGCAAGAUGCCGGCUUUGGUACUUCAAAUGUCGACCUCCAUCGCGCUCGAAGAAAGGCCAUGAGCCGCUUCUUUGCAUCUUCAGCAAUUUCAAAUCUCGAAUCUUCAUCGAAAGAAAAGGUCCUGAAGCUAUGUCGCCGUCUGCGGCAGAUGCGACAAGAAGACAAACCGGUGAACCUUUCAAAUGCGUUUCGUUGUCUUGCUGCAGAUUCUGUGACGGAUUAUUGUCUACCAAAAGGCUUUGACCUGCUGGAUUCGGUCGACUUCGCAGACGACUACAACAAGCAAUCGCGGAUAAUCUCGCAGAUUGCUGUAUGGCAUCGGCAUAUUCCCAUCAUUAUCCCCAUAUUUAUGCGCAUGCCGAGAUCGUUCAUUGAAAAGACCUCGACUGAGGGUGGUGUGAUGGCAUUCGAUUUUCAAACGGAUUUGGCACGAAUGGCAGAAGCAGUGGUCAAAACCGAGAAGAGAAGCGAUCGAUCAGUCCUGGACGGGAUCGUUAACUCCGACGCCAUUCCAGAGAGCGACAAGACGGUCGACCGAAUCACGCAAGAAGCGCGCACACUCGUUGGUGCAGGGACCGAGACCACAGGCAUAUCCCUCGAAACCAUCACAUUCCAUGUCCUGUCGCACCCUGACGUGCUCCGGAAGCUAAAGGAAGAAUUGGCCAAAGCAGCGGAUGGGUCAAAAGGCGUCAAGGACCCUUUGGCGAAGUAUAGUACGGUGCAGCGCCUGUCCUAUCUCACUGCCGUCAUGAACGAAGGACUCCGACUGGCAAACAGCGUUUCCGGCCGACUUGCAAGAGUCAAUCCAUGUGCUGCCACCACGUAUAAGUCAUAUGUGUUGCCCCCAGGGACGGCCAUCAGCAUGUCGAUUAGGGAUAAUCAUCUAUCAGAAUCUGUGUUCCCCGAUGCCUUGUCGUUCAAGCCCGAGCGAUGGCUCGUGACGGGAGACGAGUUGAAACAUAUGGAGAAGUGUUUUGUCCCGUUUGGACGUGGCGGAAGAAGUUGCAUUGGGAAAGAGCUGGCAUUGAUGAACCUUUACCUGACACUUGCGAGCUUCUUCCACGAAUUCGAUGCCGAGCUGUUUGAGACGAGGAGGCAGGAUAUCGAGAUUGAGCAUGACUUCUUUUCCCCGUUUCCUUCUCUGGACUCGAAAGGUCUGCGGGUCAUGCUCAAGUAAGACGGAAUGGUAAGCUGUACUUCUGUAGACACUCAGAUACAGCGAGAUAUCAUCGGCGAACUUUCGUCACCGCAUUCGAAUACAUAUACCUAUAAGACCGCAUGUUAAAGUCAGCGCUGGCCAGUCGAAGGCGAAAGGCGUAGAAACGACGGUUGAUAGAAUACCUAGGUAUGUGGGAG